UUAAAGGAUACCAUGGAUAAGGUCUUUGUUUUCUAUGAGGAGAUUGAUUUUAGUGGAACCAAAGGGGUUUAUGCUGAAUACAACAAACGGACCAAAAGUUUCUGAAGGAGACUAUGUUUACCAGAUUUGGCUACCUUUGUUCAGCAAGUUGUUCAGCAUCAACGAGAACAUAGUAAGAAUCAAAACUGGCAAAACAGCCCCAGAAAACACGACAGAAUCAAAGGUCAAACUGUAUCACAGCCAUAAAAAUAUCGCUGAAUGUCAUUCCUAAUUCAACCUUGUUUGCCUCCGUUUCGACUUCAGAUGUGGCCAAUACUCUCUGAGCCGCG